AGCUCGCUCCGACACUGACCCUCAGCCGACUGCUCUCAGUCCCAGCCCAUUUUGUUCAAAUCCGUAAGCGGCUCUCGGCAUGCCCAGCAGCAGAUUUGAGCCCCCUGGUCCGUGGUUGCGGGAACCUUGCUACCAUGCAAGAUCGUCUCCAAGACAGCCUGGUGUCCCUACAAGCCGGUCGAUUCUUUGACGACCAUCCGAUUCUGCGCCGGGCUGGAGAGACUCCCACGGCACCCUCGCUCCUGUCGGUCUUUCGGGAGCUGGGCCUGUUUGUCCCGGAAGGGGAGACUCAAGCCCAGGACGACACAAGGCCGAGUCUGCUCGGACCGCUCGCCUCCGUCCCGGCCGAGAUUCAGGACCUGGCCGAGCAUCUGUUUGCACAGGACCUGCACGAGUAUACCCACGUACUUCGAAUCGACGAGCAUGCGGUCCGGAUUGUGUUGGAGCGAUGCCUCGCCAGCGCUCAAACCGCGGACGAUCCCGGGCGGCAUCGUCAUCGGCACCAGCACCGGCCGCGCAGCGACGGAACAGCCUGCUGCUCAGAUGCUGCGGUUGCGAUCGAUGAGACGUGCGCAACCGCCUCCCCAAACCGCAGCACGGCUGCAGCCUGGAUCGUCCGCGGCGACUGCUGCUUUGGCGUAUCGGCUGGAUGCAGCGACGACGACCAGGCAUCCCGCACCAGGGCGAUCUUGCGAGGCACAGGGGUUUCGAUCGAGGAGGCACGGAGGCAGCUGCAAGCCGAGCUGCUGCAGAGCCAGGCCUGAUGGCGCAUCAAGAUGCACCGCUGCCGGUUGAGUAGUGAGGAAGUACGAUGGAGACAGCGACUGUGACCGGUCCUCGGCUCGGCGUGGUGCAUCAUUCUUGCCAGCAAGGCCCUGUCGCCCAGCGCCCCAAACCCGGUCGCGUGAGCCCGACAUGCCAAAUAUAGAAGCGUGGCCAGCCACAGCGCAGCCAUCUCGCGCUGUCACAAAUACCAUGCGACGGCCUGGCCCGAAUCGCUGGUCUUCUGCCCGGCCCAUUCAUCUCUGG